AGGGCACAUUCGCUGCGGCCCCAGCACUGAAAAGCGGGUCUAACAAGAAAUUCACCGCAAACAAUGCCCUGAGCACUGCCAAGUACCGAGUUCGUGAUGCCACAUCACUCGAUAUUGGAUAGAGUCGCAUCGAGGCUCGCCAAUGCCUCGACCCGGUGCGGAGCGCAUGGUGCAGCUCGUGUCUAUGCGUUGCAGGACACUUGCGUCGCCCCAAAGGCCGAAAUUAGCACUGUGGGCACCAUUUAGGUGGCUAUCAGGUUGGAGACAGAGGGCUAUUGCGGUGCCGAGGGGGCGCGUUGACAGUCGGAAACGAAGCAGUGUAUCUAUGGCCCAAGGGAGAGCAGCGGGAGGAGAAACGAUGUCGAGCAAGUGGUCGGAGCCGGGAAGGGUGAGCUUGGUCACAGCCAGUUUGCGAGGUUCACGCCUUAGUUCAGGCAUUUCCACCGGCAAAUCCGACCAGCCGCGCGAGCGGUUGCAGGCGCCUUUUUUGAUCAUACACGCGCGCUCGCUCACCCACACCAGCCCAGCAGGAUACUGGCGACAAACGGAAACUUGCAGCUUCAUCGGCAUCGCCCUACAGGCACUUGAUCGGCUGAUGGGUGGCUUGGCUGGGGCAAGUCGACAGCAGCAAGCCACGGAAUACGCGAGCCCGCGCGGCAAGGGUCUGAAGCUGGGACGGCGGCGUCCAUACGUCGGCGGCACCGUCUCCUUGAGGCAAAAAUAA